CGUUGGCUUGUGUGUUCCUCUUUGUCGUUCUUGAUGGGCCACUUGUGGUUGAUAGAGUCGAAGGAAUUCAGAUCGUUCUGUCGCACGUUUGCUGACAUAUCAGAGACGUUCUGUCGCACGUUUGCUGACAUAUCAGAGACGAACUUCUCUGCGUCGUGCGGGUUCUGGAGGAUGCAAGGCAAGAUACCUGCACUCACUGUGACGCCGCUGGUCCGCAGCCCAGCUGUGACGCCGCUGGUCCGCAAGGAUGCGGCGACACAAACUGAAGGUCCCUCUCGCCCUGGCAGAUCGCUGAUGCCUGCAUCCACCCCUGAAUCAUGACCGCCGUAGGAUGAGGCACCGCCAGCGGCAUCUCGCAAAGUUGAGCUGCUCCGACUG